AUGGAAAAUCUAAUAACUACUGAAAAGAUUGCGGGGAAAAGAAAUCGCGGUCAACAACGAAUAACAUUCGUGAAGUCCUUGUGUCACUUGUUGAAACAACUAAUAAAAAGUGUUAAAGAUCGGUUUUUUGGAGCGAAUUCGAGUGAACUCUGUUCAUCAUCGGCGUUUCAGACGUGCAUCAACUGCCAGAUAGACGAGACGUCGAUUCGUUUGGAUGGCUGCAUGAGGCAGCAGUGUCAGGAUGUCUCGUUGCAAAACCGUCAGAAAUAUAAUUUCCAGAAUGAGCUUUCUGAAGUUUUGAAAAUAAAAAGUCGUGUGACCUCUUUAGUCGUAACGAACUCUCCGUUAAGUGAAAUUCCUUCAAUGAUUUGUUCUCUCUCAAAUAUUUUGGACCUUUCGAUUGAUAGCUCAUGUUUGAAAGUUCUUCCAGAUGGUUGCAUCAACAAGCUCAAAACAUUGAGAAAGUUAUCUCUUCAAAAUAAUCAAAUCGAAUAUUUGCAAAAAGGUCUGUUUGACGGACUGAACGAUCUUGAAGAGAUUAUUUUAAAGAACAACAAAAUCAGCUCAGUUCACGAUGAUGUGUUUUCAAACGAAACUGAUCUUCUAUCACUGAAAAAGAUAGAUUUGAGUUUUAAUUCGCUAACGAAUGUAGAUGCCUGGGUUUUCGUCAGAGCAAUGUCUGGACAUGAGACCAUUGUUGAUCUCGAUAGCAACAACAUUUCCAACUUUUCAAAUCGGAAAAAAUGGUUCUUCACGUGCAAAAAGUACAACAAAAGGUUUUUAUCUCACCAGUUAAAUUUAGACAACAAUCAGUUGAAACAUAUCACUGACUUAGCGAUAUACUUUCCUGCUCUAACGGAUACGUUGUGCUUCUUCGGUCGUAGGACCUACACAAAAGUUGAAAUUGGCUUAUACAACAACCCGAUAAAAUGUGAUUGCGUUGAUUACAAGGUGAUAACGAUUACCAGGAGUUUAUUCCAAUCGAUAUUCGACGGUGUUCAUUGUCAAAAACGUUUCCAGCCGAUUCCUAUAAAGUUCAUGGUCAUCCCAGUAGAAGAACUCCAAUGUGACAUGGAUCAGUGCACAGAUGGAUGCGCAUGUAAGGAAAUCCCAUUUUAUAAGAGCAUGUACAUCAACUGCAACUUCAAUCACAUGUCCAAUCUGCCAGUGAUGUUGCCUGUGAAAACAAAAACCUGGAACUUUUCAAUGUUUCACUACAAUUUAACGUUCAGUCACAAUUCAAUUGAAACGAUCGACGAACGAUUUUAUUUCAACAACACGGUUGUAUUGGAUCUGAGCUACAACAAAAUCACAAAAAUAGAUCUCCAAGUCUUCAAAUCUCUCAAAGUUUUACAAGAGUUACAUUUGCAUUCAAACUUCCUGACUACUGUACCAAGAGAUUUUUUGAAGAACGAUUCUCGCAUGCUGAAGCACAUCAGCCUACACAACAACUCGUGGGAUUGUUCUUGCGGAAAUAAAUGGUUGAAGCAAUGGAUGAUGAACUUAUGGAACCAAAGUAUCACUCUGCUGACACCUGACAGCGUUCUAUGCAGGACACCAGGCUCACUUUCUGGACGCAGCUUAUUCUCCGUAAGCGAGGAGGAGUUUUGCCCAAAACCCAGCAGGUUACUCAUCAGUUUGUUAAUCCCACUCCUCACUGGAGUGUUGCUUUUAUUAGCUCUGUUUGUGUUGAUUAAAAAAUUUAAAGUAGAGUUGAACACAUAUCUGAACAUCCAUCUGCUCGAUAGAGAUGAAUGCAUAGGUGAGAACAUGAUAUACGAUGCAUUCGUCAGCUGCUCCUAUUCAGACCGCAGGAGAGGAAUUGAACUGGUCCGUCUGAUGGAAGGCAAAGGUUACCACGUCUGCUAUCAUGAAAAAGAUUUCAUCGGCGGUCAGUCAAUCGCCGCCAACAUCGUCGAAGCAAUAACGUUCAGUAAAAGAGUCGUUUGUCUUCUGACGUCCAAUUUCCUCAAAAGUACCUACUGCAUGUUUGAAUUUCAGACAUCUCUGCACAGAAAUAUCGAACUGAAACGCAAGAGGUUAAUAGUUUUGUUGGAUGAAUCAGUUGAGGUGGAUGAGGACGUGCUGCCGAAUGAUGUCCACAACUUCCUGACGACGCACACCUACAUCGAGCUGUCGAGUAACAAGUGGACCCAUCAGCUCUUCUACAGUCUUCCUCUCAACCCCAUACAAUUGAAAGUCGUUCACCAAGAUACGGAUUACUCUGUGGCAUCAGACGAUGUAUCUCUCAUAACUAUAUAA